AACAGGUUGGCAAUAACUGUGAUCACACAUAUAUCGUACACAUUCACUGAUUUGUUUAUUUUUAAAUUUAUCGCAAAAGAAGGUAGUUCUUAGUUAAUUAGUUACUAUUAGAAACAAAGAAUUCGGGCUAGUGCAAUAUCCAUUAGUUCUACUAAUAUUGGAGAGAGAUCAAACGUCGUUCGUUACUGGUUAAGGUCGUACUCAGAAAGUGAUGCAACUGGGCCAGUGGACUCUAAAGCUAAGUUAAAUUAACAUAGGUACACAACAGUGUGAUCGUGUUGGUGUCGGUUGUGAAGUGUAACAUUAAUAAUUAUUGAUCUAGCGAAGGGUUAUCUGGCUUUUGAGUGUUUAAAAUUUAGUGCGGGUAUAAAAUGUUAUUAUGUUAACUUUUUCAUAUGUUAAGUGGAAGAAAAUAUCUAUAAUUAAAAUAUAGUUAAUAAUGUAACAUAGGAAAAACAGUAGAUGCUUCAGUUUAAAAUAAUACCUAUAGAAAAACAGUAAUACGACUUACCUACGUCGGUUUAACAAUCAUAAAUGCGUUGUUGUCAUUAUCUUCGUCUCCGUAAUCUUGUAAAAGCCAGUAACUGCUGCAGUUUGUGAUAAUAAACCCCUAUGAGAUAAGAUCAUCUUCAUUUUCAUUAUCAGUUUAAGUAAUAUUGACAUACAUCUUGUUCGAGCACAUCAAGUGUAAAGACGUUACUAACUUACGUUUCCGACCGAGGUCCUUUCUACGCCUAUAAGCUUGUUUUCAAUUUAAAAGUUGUUGUAACCCAAUGAAACAAACCUGAGCAAGCCAACGAACGAGACGAGUUGAAACAGCGCUCGCUGUCUUGACGAAUUUUAUUCCUUAAAUAAAAUGACUGACAAAAGUGAAAGUUUGGAAUCUGAGAGAAAAAGUGAGAAAGUAAUAGAUUUGGACCAUGUCCUGGUUAACGAGUUGGGCCAGUUUGGGCGAUUUCAGUUCAAAUACAUCUGCCUCAUUGCGUUGCCUAUCAUGAGCUCGGCUUUCUUCAGUGACUACGUCUUCAUAGCAGCUGCAGUACCGCACAGAUGUCGCAUUUUGGAAUGCGGCGAGAUAAAUAAGAGUGCCGUUUUUCGCCCAGAGUGGAUCGCCAAUGCAGUGCCGGUCAAAUCGGGGGGUUCUGCGCUGUCCAGUUGCCAAAGAUAUGCACCUGCAGGCUCUGGCCCUAAUGGCUCUUUGCUGCACUGUCCCAUAGAUCUGUUCAAUCAUUCAUAUACCCAGAAAUGUGAUGUAUUUGUGUACGAGAGAGACACUUCUGUCGUAUAUGACUUUGAUCUCGGAUGUAAGGAGUGGCUCAGAACUCUCGCAGGAACCAUAAGUAGCCUAGGAACGUUACUAGUUCUUCCAUUCAUCGGUUACAUUUCUGACCAUUAUGGACGACGCAUGGCUCUGCUCGUCAGCAUCUUCAAUACGGCUGUCGUAGGAGUAUUUAAGGCGUUUUCCGUAAACUAUACAAUGUUUUUGACCUUGCAACUACUAGAAACAACGUUAGGCGGUGGAUUGUUUAGCGCUGCCUAUAUUUUUGCUGCAGAGCUAGUUGGCCCCAAGUUCCGAGUAUUUGCCUCCGCUACAUGUUCUUCUACGUUUGCCAUUGGUCAGGUAGUCCUCGGUGCCGUGGCCUGGCUUGUCCAGCCUUGGCGGACCUUGGUACUAUCUCUCUACAUCCCGGUCUUUCUUCUCUUAUCUUAUUUCUGGAUAUUCUCGGAAAGUAUCAGAUGGCUUUUAUCAAAGAAAAGGUACGCCGAAGCUAGAAUAGCGCUGGAAAAUGUCGCAAGAGUUAACAGAACCGAAAUAAGCGAGAAAUCUAUGAAUGCAUUGAUGAAUCCUCCCACUAAACCGGAAAGAGACGAGAAUCACAGUCUGACAACAUCAAUAUUGCAAUCCUCCGUUCUGCUCAGACGUGUAUGUACAACUCCAGUCUGGUGGAUUACGACGACGUUUGUCUACUACGGCCUAUCUAUUAACUCAACAAGCCUGUCAAAAACAGUGUAUUUAAAUUAUAUUCUCACCGUAGCAAUAGAAAUACCAGGGUUUUAUACAGCCGUGCUUACAUUGGAUAGAUUCGGGAGAAAGGCGACACUUUGUACCGGCUUUUUAUUUAGCUCAGCCUGUAACUUCGCGUUCGUUUUUAUACCAGCAGAGUUGACUGCCUUCCGCAUGGUGGUGUACUUGGCGGGUAAAUUCGGUAUCUCACUGGUGUUCACGUCUUUGUACCUCUACACGUCAGAGCUCUACCCCACCGAGUUUAGACAUAGUCUUUUAGGGUUUUCUUCAAUGAUCGGUAGAAUUGGGUCUGUUUGUGCUCCGCUUACACCAUUACUUACUAACCUUUGGCUCGGUUUGCCAAACACAAUAUUCGCUAUUUUGGGAUUGAUAUCUGGUGUUCUAGUUCUAACGCAACCAGAGACACUUGGAACAAAACUACCAGAUACCCUGGAGGAAGCUGAAGAUAUCGGAAAGAUAAAGGCGUAAAAGAUUAAAUUUUUCAAAGUGGAAAUACAAGGUUUUCAUACCAAA